UGACGAGGAAUUAAGUGUGUCUUGGAAGUGGGAGGAUGGAAACUCCACGGAUGGCCACUCGGUCUCGGCAUGUUCCGACUCCGAAAAUGUCCGACAGAAAGAAAUCCUUGUUCGGGGCGGAACCCAGUAAAUUGAGUCGGAAAAUCGAGGAGGAUUCAGACCUGGGACCGAUGAGCCCACUCAAGUUCAGCAACAGUCCCAAAAGGGGUCCGAUGAAAGAUCUUAACAUCACCACAUUCCGGAACAUUUUGGGCAAUGCUUCACCAGAAAGCGAUCGUUCGCUUUCGCCGGAUUUCGAACGACGCUUUGCGCACUCGGACCGCUACGAAAUCCUGCCGGCGUCGUAUGACAAAGAGAACCAGAUGAUGGACGAGGAGACUCGAUUGUCCUUCUCCAGUAGCACCCCAAGGAUGAAAACGGUCGCUGAAUCCAGCCUGCUGGACGAGAACAAUUCCAACAGUUUGUCGAUGAUGAUGAACUCCGAUUUGAACAUAGUGGACAAGAAAAAUCCGAUACUGAAAACGCCUGGCCUAAGCGAAGCCACAGGCCAAAAGAAAGAACCUAGAACAUCAUUUCGGAAGAUGAGCUUCCAGGAAAAUGUUCUUACUCCCAGUGAUGGCUACAAAGCAAAUUCGUCUUCAGAGAGCAGAGCAAGAACUUCACUAUCAUUCAGUAACAUUCGUCCCAUUUCGACGAAAUCGUUCUAUUCUUCUAGCACUGAGAUCAAAACCAUCCAGAAACCGGCCACGAAACCUUCUCCGACGUAUUCAACCGUUUCCAUAGGAAAAGCAGCCCCCCGGCGAUCAGGUGGCCACUCUCGAAGGUCUCGUCAGUCGUCCAAAAACCGAAACAACGCACCUCGUCUCGGUGGAAUCAAUAGAGGCGUGUUUCACAAAAUCAAAAAACCCUCCACCAAAGCGAAGGCAGCCAAAACGGCAGUUAAGAAACUUUCCACGAGUCAAAUCCUGGAGUCCACGGCUUCGCUGUUCAACAAAUCUCUUCAACCAUCUCCCAAAACGGCCAAGUCUCCCGUUCAGUGUAAAUCGGCUCCGACGAGUCCUCAGAAAUCCAAACCUCUCAAGCUUCAGAUUGAGCGAAUCAAGAAGAUUCUGAAAGACUGUCGUAACAAUCCCAUCGAACAAGCUCGACCCCUAUCGUUGUCCAAGUCGAUGACGAAUUUGGCGGACGAUUCGUUUUACGAGGAUGACGCGAGUUCCAUUGGGGACGGAACAGACCUUGAUGAUGAUGACGACGACGAUGCAAAGUCCGAUUUCGGUGGCGGAGGGAGGAAAUUCUUCAAAUCCAGUUCAAACCGGAGAAUUAAACGGGAGUAUAAACUGGCCAACAACAUGACGGCCACGGUGCAUAAGGGAGGCAAAAUUGCACUCAAGGGCAGUAAACCGAGGAAAAGGAGGCACUUGUCGAUGUUCGAAGAUGAAAUCGACCUAGCAUCCGAACAGUUGGAGGUGGAUUUUCUCAUCAGUAAGCUUGUCGGUUCUCAAAGUGAACCAGACGCAGAGCCAACCCAGCUUCAACAAUCCACUCCCUUGAAAAGUGGCUCAGAACCGGAACCACAGCAAAUACCACCCCCUACGGUGCAGGUCGAGGUUAUCGAUGCGUUCCACAGCGAAGUCAGCAACGACGAACCGAUCCCAGUGCAAUCGAAUAUCAUCUACGUAGAUCGGCUAUCGCCUCUGCUGAAUGGAGCGACCGGGGGAACAUCUGAGGAUAGUUCAUGCAACAGCACACGUGAUGGCAAUUGCAUUCAGCUCGACUAUCAAGAAUCUCCUACGAUGCAAAUCCGGACUAUGACCUCGUCUUUGAGCAUAACGCGUGCUUCUAAUGUAUCGAUUCAAUUAGACGACCAGUCCCAGAUGGAGUCUCAUAAACUUUUCCCAAUCUUCUACAAGGACCACCAACGAAUGGUUGCAGCGCAAUCUCAAUCGGAGGAAGUUUGUUACGGUCUUUUCGAUACGAUUCGCAGGAAACCGAAGCGAUUACGAACCUUCAGGGGUGUGGGUUCCAAUCAGUAUCAAAUCGAUGCCGGUCAGAAGGAAUACGGCGCCCAACAGUGCCCGGAUUGUGGUUUGCUCUACACUGUUCACGAGCCGGAGGAAGAGUUGAUCCAUGAAAACUAUCACAAUUCUUUGCAUAUCCUUAGGUUUCCCGGGUGGAGCAACGAACCGGUGGUAGCUAACGUCCCGGAAUGGGAUGUUAGCGGACGAGUGUUGGCCAUCGGUAUGACUGCCAAUCAGCACAAGCUCCAAAAGGUGCAGGAGGUGCUUGCGGUUAUGGAUCGAGAACUUGGCUAUGUAGAACCCUGUCAGCUAGUGCUGGGUUCGGUCGUUUACUUGGCCAUUGCAAAGGGCACAAUACUUGGAGUAUGUGUGGCUCAACCAUUGCAGCAUGCCAAUCGCCUGCUGACGAUCGAAGGACUCGAAGGACCGUUCGAUUGUUGCACAAUGGAGACCUAUCCAGUGAAAUGUGGAAUUUCCCGGAUAUGGGUCUCGCCGAGCUUCCGAGGUCAUGGAAUUGCACAAACUCUACUCGCCGUCAUGCGGUCGCACUUUGUAUUCGGCUACCAGCUGAGCUACGACGAGAUUGCCUUCAGCGCCCCGACCGAGGCUGGGAAACGACUUGCGGAGACCGUCACAGGGCGGAAAGAUUUCCUGAUUUACGCGUGAUGAGGCUUGUUUCAGCUCCGUGCAAAGUUCUCGCUGUUCUAUACGUACCUAUCUGUGUUAAUCUCUUUUUACCCUUCUCGUAUACUUGUUUUUUGAAGCAUGUUCAUGACAAACACCGAAAUUUGUAUCUAUAUUUCCUUUAGAAACCAUUUCAAACGUUUCGUUUUUUAAGUCUCAUCGUUUUUUGGAGAGCCAUACAUUGAUGAACAAAUGUACAAAAUCAAUAAAAUGAUCGUUAUUUUUUAUACUUGA